AUGGAGCCUAAUGCACCAUACCGGACAGCACAAGGAGGCUUUUCAAUCUAUAGACGUUGCUGGCUAGUUUUUAAAAAGGCAUCCAGUAAAGGUCCAAGAAGAUUAGAAAAGUUUCCUGAUGAAAAAGCUGCCUUUUUUAGAACUUUUCACAAGGUAACAGAACUUCACAACAUCAAAAAUAUAACAAGACUGCCUCGAGAGACCAAAAAACAUGCAGUGGCAAUUAUCUUUCAUGAUGAGACAUCAAAGACAUUUGCCUGUGAGUCAGAGCUAGAGGCAGAGGAGUGGUGCAAGUUUCUCUGUGUGGAGUGCUUAGGAACAAAACUUAAUGACAUAAGCCUUGGUGAACCUGACCUUUUAGCUGCUGGAGUUCAAAGAGAACAAAAUGAACGUUUCAACGUGUACCUUAUGCCAACACCAAAUUUAGACAUCUAUGGAGAAUGCACAAUGCAAAUUACACAUGAAAACAUCUAUCUGUGGGAUAUCCACAAUGCAAAACUGAAGCUGGUCAUGUGGCCUCUAAGUUCCUUGAGGAGAUACGGUCGAGAUUCAACAUGGUUCACUUUUGAAUCUGGAAGAAUGUGUGACACAGGCGAAGGGUUGUUUACCUUUCAAACAAGAGAAGGAGAGAUGAUUUAUCAGAAAGUCCAUUCUGCUACAUUGGCCAUAGCUGAGCAGCAUGAGAGGCUAAUCCUAGAAAUGGAGAAAAAGGCAAGACUUCAGAGUAGCCUCACUGAACCGAUGACAUUAUCCAAGUCAGUAUCCCUUCCUCGGAGUGCUUACUGGCAUCAUAUAACGAGACAAAAUAGUGUUGGCGAGAUCUACAGUUUACAAGGCAAGUGGGUUUAA